ACUGGUUCAAAAUCCACAAUGCAGGUUGAGGUUCAGCCUCCGCUCAGUCUCGCGAGAUUUACACAUUUACACGGAAACAAAACAGGAUCUGGAACAUGGCACUAGUGUACGGAGGAGUUGAGGGUGGAGGGACACACUCCAAUGCGGUGUUGGUGGCAGCUGAUGGGAAGAUCCUAGCUGAGACAGAGGGACCAUCCACAAACCACUGGUUGGUUGGGGUGGACCAAUGUAUUGAGACCAUAAAUGACAUGGUUCAGAGAGCAAAGGUGGAGGCAGGGCUGGACCCAAACACACCACUCCUCUCACUAGGCAUGUCUCUGAGCGGAGGGGAGCAAAAGGAUGCCAUCGACAACCUGAUUGCUCAAAUGAAGGACCGGUUCCCCACUCUCAGUCAGCAUUAUGUCAUCAUCAACGAUACCAUUGGCGCCAUGUCGACUGCCAGCGAUUGUGGAGGUGUAGUGUUGAUAUCAGGGACAGGCUCCAACUGUAGGCUGGUCAAUCCGGAUGGCUCACAGAUUGGCUGUGGAGGCUGGGGUCACUUGAUGGGUGAUGAAGGAUCAGCAUUCUGGAUUUCUCAUCUGGCUGUGAAGACAGUGUUUGAUGCCAAGGACAACCUGGUUUCUCCUCCUCAUGAUGUGACACAUGUCAGAAAAGCCAUGGAAGAAUACUUUGAGGUGUCGAAUCUGAUGGGCAUGCUGCCACACCUCUACAGAAACUUCCAGAAGUCUCAUUUUGCUGGCUUCUGCAAGAAAUUGGCUGAAGGCGCUGAAGCAGGUGAUGCUCUCUGUCAGUAUGUGUUCAUUCAGGCUGGGAGAGUCUUAGCAAAACAUGUGGAAGCAGUCUUGCCUAAAGCACAAGAGCUUCUUUUGAGCGGUAACACCGGCUUGCCAAUCCUGUGUGUGGGCGCAGUUUGGGGGAGCUGGGAGCUUCUGAAGCCAGGUUUCACUGAGGUCCUGGAUAAAGUGGCAUCAUCUGAUAAACUCAAGGGCCGUUUUCAUGGAUACAGCCUCCUGACUUUGCAGCAGUCCUCAGCCCUUGGCGGUGCAAGUCUGGGAGCUAAAAGUAUAGGCUCGGCCAUUAAAAUGGAUUACAAGGCCAAUGCCAACAUCUUUUACAAACACUCUUUUAACAGCCACUAACCGAAGGUUCAGCUGUCAAUCACUUAAACCUUAACAAAUCAUUGUUCAAUCAAAGGUAACAUGUAUCAGCCACUUUGUAACGGAUUCAAGUCUAAUUAAUACUUCAAUUAUGGUGAAGUUAAUGAUUGUGUAAUGAUCUUACUACAAGAUUCCAUGGUUAUUGAAAAAUAUUCCUUUUUUUACAGCAUUAUAGCAAAGGUUCUGACAAUGAAACUAACUUUCAUUGUGUUGUACUGUCAACACUUGCACAUUUAAAAAACUUGUUUACAUUUCGCAUGCACAAUAAAGAUACUGUUGACAAAAAGACAGGAGAGGCCUCUCUGAUCCCUGAGAUGAUAUUUUUUUAGGCUUAGACCCAAAAUAAAUAAUCAAACCACU